UCCUCCACCUUCAAAACCUGGCACGUCCUUAAAUGACUCUGGCUGCUAAUUGGACGUUAAACAAAAACAAACCAAACCAAGUAUUAUAUCUGGCAGGCACUUCCUUAACCCUGGCUGUUAGUAGGAUGUUAAAUAUAAACCAAAGUAUUGUGUAUAUCAAAGAACAUUUUAAAGCGGAAUAUUUCUAUUGCCGAGUUUGUUUACCCUCGCAUAAAGCUUUUAGUAAAACCACAAAAAUAUGAACCACCCUGGGAAAAAUCCAAGACCAAAUCUAGGCCUAUCCUGGUUUCUUUUUCAUCUCAAGAAAAAAAGAAAUCACUCUUUAAAUGUAUAUCUAAUCUUAAGGGCAAUGAGAAAUACAACUGCAUCCGGAUCAGUAAUGAUCUCACCAAGCAGGAACGGGAAGAUGAAACUACCCUGAGAAACGAGGCAAAAUCAAGAGAAAGGAAUGAGUCGGGGAAACAUAUACACCGAGUACGGGGGCCGCCGUAGAACAGGAAGAUUGUCCGACUGGCAGUCAAAAAAGUGUAAUGGAGCGCACACACAAACAUACUGUUAUAAAUUUUGUUAUGACACAGAGCACAGAAAAAAAAAACAUGUUUAUUAUGAAGAAAAUAUACUUACCAAGUAAUCAACGUUUCUUUGAUAUCUUUUACAGAACGUGUUGAAAGAAUGGCAGAGGAGCCACUAUCAGGUCUAAGUGAUGACGAAAAGAGGCUGAAAUGCAUAGCCGAAAAUAAUUGUGCCGAAAUUUUGAGGAAAGUGAUUGAAUAUAAGGUCGGCAGCAGACAAUGUCCGUUAUUUUGUAAGGAAAUCUCCGAAAAGUGUAAAACAUUCUCUGAGGAUCAGGAGAGGCUUCUUCGACAAGGACACAUUUGUAAGUUCGAUAUAACACUUUGUGUAAAAGUGGUCAGAAACAUCGAUGGGAUAAAGCCAAGUAAGGAAAAGUGGAAUUCCAAAAUAACCGACAGCGACCAUUCUUUAUUUUCCUCGCUAAAGAGAAUUUUUCAAUUCCUUAAGGACGUAAUCUACAGUCCCGAUGAUGCAGAUUCGAGCCCUGAGGAACUGAUUCGUCUGGUAUCAACCGCUUUUAAAGAUACUUACAGGGAAUUAUUCGGAUUUGAGCGUGAUUUCUAUACAGAGUUGAAUUCCACACGCCCUGUACCGAAACCAGAUCGACCACCGGUGAAUCGACUGUCGUCGCAAGUGGUAACUGAUGCUACCAUCGAAUCCAGCGAGCGCACAGAUAGCGAGUCACAAGUGGUAACUGGUGCUACCAUCGAAACCACCAAGCGCACAGAUGGAGAGUCAGAAGUGGAUAGUGACAUUGAUCUAGAAACUGAGUACAGUUUCCUUCAUCUUUUUUCGCCCGAAGAACGAGUAGAAGCCAAAAGAAAGAUACCACUGAUUCAGAAAUAUAAGGAUAGAUUUCCACCUGAUCUCAAGGCUCCUCAAAGCGAUGUCAUGAUGGUGUGUAGUCAGGAGGACCGUGGUGCGGCCAAAACAUUCCUACAAAGUAUAGACAGCCUUAUCCUCGAUUUAGAAAAUGGAAGACGUGUAAAAGUUAAGACGGUGUUUUAUGAUGAUGCACGAUUUGAAGGAACUGGAUUAGGAUCUUUGCAGAAAGCUUAUGAAAGAAGCACGUAUGCAUUCCUGUAUGUAACAAAAUCAUUCGUUGGUGAUGACUUUAAAAAACUAGUAGCAGAGUCAUUACUCAUGGAUUCUAUCACUGAUGAAACAAAGAAAUGGAGGGUGGUACCAUUACAUACGUCGCCUCGCGAAAAUAGACAAUAUAAAGAACCCUUCGGUAUCAACGCUUUGAAGAGCCUAAACGUUUUUCAACAGGAUGAAUUUUAUUGUGAUAUGAUAAGGAGUCUUCUGGGAAAUAAAAUACACGAAAGAGAAAAAAGAGAAUUUGAUAGGUUCGAAAAGGAAUACCAGGAGGCCUUGAGAAUACAACAGUUGAGCUUGCAAGAUACACAGACACAGAGAAAUCUGCCUGUAGAAGUCGUGCGACCAAUGAAAAAUUUUGAGGAUUCCCAAUCCGCGCCUAAUGACGAGCGGACAAAAGCCCAGGCAUCAUCAUAAUGACUAGGAUAUACGUUUCCUGGCAACCCUGCAUUGACAAUCCAGCAAAAAUAGAACACGUGUAUAGUUUCACACGAGGGAAGAAUAUAUACAAUUCAGAAAUCCACACGUGCUAAUAGGAGAGCAUGUUGGUAUCCUGGAAAUUAUUCAAACAGUGAGAUAUGCUAUUUAAUGCCGACCUCGUGAUACCCCCGUGGUACUUCUGGUGAACCUCAAUGCAUUGCGAGACUCAUAACAGACGCGUUUUCCUAGACUUUGAAUUUAUUUAUGAAUGGCAGCUAUAUAUCGUCUCUUGUGAAAGUUGGUACGACCAUGAUAUGAGCAGGUUUGGUCACAUGCCGGAUCAUUAUAAGGUAACACACCACAGAAAAACUUGGUGGCCAUGGGUGUUUUUUUUUGUUAAGCAAAUAACUCAUGUAUUAUGAUAUGCAUAAAAAUGUAAAAAAAAAAAUAAUAAUGUACACUAUAAUUGGCAUUCAUUAUGAAGUAGUACAUACAGGCUUCACAUUUGUUAAAACUAAAAUAAAUAGAUUGGUGCCGGAUUUUAAAUUUCCGGAUUUUCCGAAAGUGUGUUUACACAGGACACAGGUUUUGCCGACAGCGAAAGAUGGAGGCUCAUAAUCAAGAUAACAUUGCGGGAAAUCUUAAUGUACAACAUUUGUCAAAACAAAAUUAAUUUUGUCUUUAGGAUAGAGAUAUUCAAUUUCAAAUAGGUUUCAGAAAAACAAUUGGGUAAAGAAUUGUGUCAUUUUGGGUCAAACAUAAUAUUUUGUAAUUUUGAAGUUAUUUUGAAGUUGUUACCAUGGUAUUUAAAGGUCUGAAGAACACCGAAAAAUAGGUUUACUUAUCCUUCACAGCUGUAUUAAAAUUGUAAAUGUUGUUUAUAUUACAAAUAUAUAUACUUUAUUAGAGGUAAUAUGUAGGGUUAAGUGGAAAUGUUUACAUAUCUAAAACGUGCCAUAUUUUUCAGAAUUGGGCAUUUUUACUCCAUGAGAGACUUGGAGAACUGUUAAUGAGCAUAAUAUUAGAUAGAUAGUCCAAUGGGACAUAUCAGUCACCUUUGAUAAUGAUUUAUUUUGGUACUACAACUUUGUAUUGUUUCAGCAGUUCUUCAGAUUCCAUGAAAUAUGCCUUUAUGUGCGUACAUUCUGAUCGGUAUAUCGCAAAAAAAAAAAAAAAAAAAAACGAAUAAAUUUGGGAACCUAUUUGCACUUCUUUCCAAAGACAUUCUUUUUCCUAAUAUCUCCCAUAACACUGCUUCAUUUUUGGAUUUAGUUGAGUGUUAAUUCUACAUAUAUACUGUACCAGAUUCUUUAAAAAAUGAUCGAUUUUACUUGUACUCUCAGCAUUUUAGGAGUAAUUAAACUACAGGUAGGGCGUAAGGUUUGUAUUUGCUGCCCACAUUGCUUGAUUCGUAAAAGGUGACUUAAUUUAGGAUAUUAUCCUUUCUCAUCUUCCUUUAUUAAUAAUACCUUUCUUGACAGUGCUUCACUUUUGCCCUCUAGUUCAGAGUUCGUCCCAGUGAGAAUGGCUUUGAGUCCUUUCCCCUGAUUGGGUUAUACCAGAAUUUCUCAAAAUAUUUGCUACUCAUGCUUAGUUCUCGGCCUUUGAAUCGACCGUAACAGUAUGAUUGUUUAGCGAUUCCGUCUGUCCUGCGAAAACAUUUUGUUUGUCCAUGGAUUUUCUCGUACAUUUUUCAACAUUUUUCUUUGAAACAUUUUUGAUUGUACUUGUUUUUGUAAUAUAUAAUCAUGAAACAUUGUAGUUUUUUUUCUGAGCAACAUUUUGAUCUGACAAUAUUUGCAAAUGUUCGGGAUAAUAAUAGCAAUUGUAUAAUCUGAGUUCUUCUGACUUUGUUUUAAACUGAUCUGUAUGAAAUUUAUGUUUGAUAGGAUUUGUUACCAUCACAUGUAGAUAUAUUUUUAAAGAAGCAUUUUAGUAAGAAUGUCGCUGCCAUCUGAUGUUAGUUUGUUGUUCCGCCCCACGGUACUCAUGUUGUCAGUUAUGAUAUGGUGUCCUGCUGGCGGGCUAUUGACAGUAUACCUCAGUACGGUAACAGUAAUAUAAGUCGUCAUUAGUUCCGUUCUAUCACAAGGAGGAACAUCAGAGUAGAGUGCAUCCUCCCAAAACGGUCACUACACGCAUUCAGUUCGCACAUGGGGGAGUCUGUCCUUUAAUAUCUGGGAUACGUCUACACACAGAACAACGAUACAAUUAAGACAAGGAUACCAUCGCUGUUGAUAGGAUGUUAAACAGUACAUUUUGCGUAAAGAAUCGUAAUUCAAACAAGGACAUUUCAUAGUUGAUGAUGUUUGGUAACAUUUUAGUUUCUGUGUUAUCGUUAUAUAUGAAUAUGUCAUAUUUUGUACUGGGGCUUCACUGAAGGUACUUUUAAGUUAUUUUGCGCAAUACCAAAACACUCAGUAGACGUAUAUCUACCAAUAUAAUCAUUUUGUGCCAUAUUUUUGAUAAUUUAAAUAAACAUAACUUUCUCCAUGGUUUAUCAUUUGACAUUUCAUUAUUUUGAAGAAAAAAAACCUCAUUCAGCACUAUCCAAUCAUGUGUAAAAGCCGAUAUUCUUGUAAUUGAAUACUGAGUACUGGUUUUAUUGACUAUAUGACCAUGGUUAAUGUUUUGUCGGCAUGAGGAAGUUUGUCUGCUUUGGAACCAUCUGUCCGACAAUUGGGUUACAGUUUCCGGUCCCAAUAGUGCCCAUCAAAAUGACUUAGAUUUUUCUUUUCAAAGUUUUAGCUAAUUACCCAAUGAUAAAAUAUUAGCGCAAGGAUAAUUGGCGCACUGAUGUUAUUUGCUGGAGAUAACUUCUAGAAAGUGUAUUAAGUGUAAUACUUCCAGCGCAGAACAACAACAACAACAA